UGCCGUCUCUCCUUCCUCUUCUUCAUACACACAUCAUACCACAAUUUUUCCUCAUUCUUCCCCUCUUUUCCUCUCCCCCAAAAAAUAUUCCCUUCAUCUAAUAGCUAUGUUUAAUCCAAGAAACCAAAAACCCAAUGAUCAUAUCUCAAUUCUUGAUCCUGUUACAACCUCCGAUUACAGUUAUAACCUUAGGAAUUGGCCUAAAAAUGAUGUUGAACGUGUCCAAUUUAGAGUUCAAGAAAGUUUAAACCAUGUUAAUUAUGGUGAUGAAUCUGGUGUUUCUUCACCACCCUUAUGGAAAAAUAGCCAUCAAAUUUCGACAAAUUAUCGGUCACAUUCAAAUAGCUCUAGAGCUUUAGCUAUAACUAGAGGCCAAUUUGAACUUAUGGAAAUGGUCAAAAACAUGCCUGAAUCUUGUUAUGAGUUGUCUCUUAAGGAUCUUGUUGAGCAAAAUACAGUCUUAGAAUCUGAACAAGAAGAAUGCUUAAUAAAUAAAGUGGAGGAAAAUUUCACUAGUACAACUAGUCCAGAACAAGUAGUUGUACAACAAAGGGUGAAGAGCAUACAAAGACAAGAGAGUAAUAGUAAUGAAAAUAAGAAGGGGAAGAUGAUUAGAAAUGAAAGCUUUGAAAAUCAAAGACUUUUUCUAAAGAUGUUUUUUCCAAUUUCAUUGGAGUCAAAGAAGAAGCAGAACAAGUAUUCACCAAAAACAACUACUAAAGUUUCACCUAAGCCAGCAGAAGGUUUAGAUAAAUCUUCAAAAAGUGUGGAGAAAGAUUGGUGGAAGAGGAGAUUUUCUUGUUCAAGUGAGAGCGAUAGUAGCAGAACAAGCAGCAGUAACAGUGAAAGCAGUGGCAGCAGUGGUAACAACAAUACUAGUAGCAGAAGAAAUACUAACAGGAAAAAGAAAGGAUUUUUAUCGAGUUGCUGGUCAGCAGAAUGAAGACAACCACAUAUGCCUCUCUUCUUUGGUUAAUGAGGCCUGUAAAUCAUUUAUACUUGCAGACUUCCAGAUAAAAAUCCUGUAAAGAUUUUUGAUAAUAAUGCUUAUUUUACUGCACAAGAGUUUUGCAAUGUAUCAUUGUAUUAUUCUUGGCUCGCGGCUGCUACAACAACAACAACAACAACAACGACCCAGUAUAAUCCCACAAGUAGGGUCGCGGCUGCUACAAGAAUAGGAUAUUCCAAUAGAUUACUUCUGAAAGAAUUCUAAUGUAUCAACGUCAGUGGUUAU